CGAGUGCUUGUGAGUGCAGCAUGAUUAGGUAGUCUUGGCGAUUUUCCUACUGGCGCACUUCCGCGACGCAGAAGAGUUUGAGGACACUCACUCCGCAACACGUUGGCAUUAAAACAUGUUGCUCAGAUCGCAGUAUCCUGUAAUGCAAUGUCAGCGUCGCGCUAACACCGGGGGUGGCCUUUUCAGGCCAAUCCUUGUUCCAUCGGCUGUUCGGAGCUCCAAAGCCCUGACUGCAACAGCCAUGGCAGCGCACCAGCUUCGAAGACAGCCUGCAGCAGAAAGGAAACUGCGCACCUGCAUGGCUAGGGCAACGGUGGACGGCGAUGGCAACAAGGCCUACAUGCCCAGAACGACGCCUACUGACCGCGUGCUAUCCAUUUGGCGAAAAGUGGACGCUGUAUGCUUUGAUGUCGAUUGCACCAUAACGCUCAACGACUCGCUGGAUCUGCUUGCUGAGUUCAUGGGAGUGAAGGAGCAGGUGGCGGCGCUGACCAGCAGGGCCAUGGACGGUUCCCUCUCCCUGGAGCAGGCCCUGGAGGAGCGCCUCGCGCUCAUCGCCUGCUCGCCAGCCGACAUCAAGAGGUUCAUCACCGCGCACCCGCCCGCGUCGCGACUGGCACCGGGCAUUCGGGAGCUCAUCUCCGCGCUGCAAGCCCGAGGAGUGGCCAUCUACCUCAUCAGCGGGGGCUUCAGGGAACUCACCCUGCCCAUCGCCUCCUACCUGGGCAUCCCCAAGUCCAACGUCUUCGCCAACCGAAUGAACUGGCAGUGGGACGACGAGAGCGGCGAGCCCACUCGCCUGGUGGGGUUCGACAUGAGCGAGCCCACCGCGCACAACCAGGGGAAACCGCAGGCCAUCGCCCGGAUCCGGCACCGCAACCCGUACAACACGGUGGUCAUGAUCGGUGACGGCAUCACGGACCUGGAGGCGGUUCAGUCGACUGGGGGUGCCGACCUGUUCAUCGGGUACGGAGGCGUGGUGGAGCGGCCGGCGGUGGCGGCGGAGGCGGAGUGGUAUGUGUACGACUAUCGUACACUCGUGGACGCCCUAGCACGCUACAAAGUCGCCAUGAUCGGAUCUGGCGCAUGGGCGUGUGCUGCCGUACGAAUGAUCGCACAAAACACAGUACGGCAGAACCCUCCGGGGGGCGAGGGGGCGGGGGCGGGGGGACAGGUUCCCGACCCGGCAGAUGAGUUCGCGGAGGAAGUACGGAUGUGGGUGUACGAAGAAAACUACCAGGGUCGCAAGCUGACGGAGGUCAUCAACGAAACACAUGAGAACCCCAAGUACUUCCCCGGCUUCAGCCUCGGCCCCAAUGUGCUUGCCGUACCGUCCAUCGAGGCGGCCGCGGAGGGGGCGGAUCUGCUUGUGUUUUGCGCGCCGCAUCAGUUCAUGCACGGCAUCUGCAAGCAGCUCAUGGGGAAGGUCAAGCCCGGCGCCGCCGCCAUCAGCCUCACCAAGGGCAUGCGGGUGCGACCCGAGGGUCCGCAGCUGAUUAGUCAGAUGGUACGGCGCUACCUGGGAAUCGACUGUGCCGUACUCAUGGGAGCGAACAUCGCCACGGACAUUGGUCGGGAGCAGCUGUCGGAGGCAGUCAUCGGGUACGACAAUCUGGAUCACGCGGAGAGGUUCAAGAAGCUCUUCCAGCGGCCCUACUUCCGAGUUAGCUUACUGCCGGACCCGGUGGGGGCGGAGAUGUGCGGCACGCUCAAGAACAUCGUGGCCCUGGGGGCGGGCAUGGUGGACGGACUGGGGCUGGGACCCAACUCCAAGGCAACCAUCAUUCGGCAGGGCCUGGUGGAGAUGCGCGCCUUCAGCCGCGCGCUGUACCCCUCCGUGCGCGAUGACACCUUCCUGGCGGGCUGCGGCGUGGGGGACUUGGUGGCAACCUGCUACGGGGGCAGGAACCGACUGGUGGCGGAGGAGUGGACGAGGGGGCAGCUGGCGGGUCAGCCCCGCACGUUUGAGGAGCUGGAGUCCACUCUGCUCAGGGGGCAGAAGCUGCAGGGCGUCCUUACGAGCAACGAGGUGCAGGAGAUCCUGAGGGUGCGCCGGUGGGAGCAGCAGUACCCGCUCUUCACAACCAUCAACCGAAUCAUCAACGGCUUCCUGCCACCCAAGUUCGUUGUGGAUUACGAGGUGGGAUCCCAGCUGCAGAUCUCCUCACCCGGGGGCAUCGAAAGCGGCGCGGAGAGCGGACCCGAGGACGUCCUGACCCCCGCCCCGCACCCACCAGCAAGCCUCAAGCGCAGCAACAACAACAACAACAACAACAGCAUGAGCAGGGCUGACAGGUACCCGUCCUCCGCCUCUUCCUCCACUUCCUCGGCGUCACCGGUGUCGUCGCCGUCUCCCGCGGGGGGCAUGGGGCCCUCCUCCUCCGCCGCCUCCUCCUCACGCUGAGUGACUAGGUCCGGUAGCCGCUCCUAUCCGGCAGACAUUGGCAAGGAAGGGAUAUGGAAGAGAAGGAUGACAAGGAAGGGAAGAAGUACGGGGAAGGGGAGAACCACGAGGAAAGAGGGAAUGGUCGUAGGAAGAACGAGAACACGAGUGAGAGGGCGUUAGGGGAUUCUUUCCUUGAUAAUAAGGUGCGUAUGCACCCCGACGUGCUUGGUAUUGUACAUGUCGUUAGUAAGCCUCUUGUUGCUUGUAGUGAACUAAUGAUGCUUGUUUGACCAGCACCGGUAGCUGACCGGCCUACGUAAGCAGCUGUAUUGCCCAUGCUGUCAGUACGGGCUACAGGGUUCUAGAGGGGCAGUCGUCGGGGUUCUGUACAUUACACCACUCCUUGUUGUGUUAAGAAAGCUGGCCUCCUUGUUGCGUUAUACUCUCCCAACUACAAACGAAGAUGUGAUGACGACUUACCAAUUGAUCGGCGUUUGUCAAUUGUUUGUUUGUUUGCAUUCGUUCUUAGCCAACAAUGUCUUAGCGUUGUCGUACGGAUCGUGCGAUUUAGGGUUGCGGUUAGGGCGAUUGUGCCGUACACAUGUAGCGCAUGUACAUACCUGUCGUACAUUGGUCAAUGGCGCAAGCGCAAACCCUGUUGUAUGCAUGCAUGCAGUAUAAAAUGUCAAGUUUCAAGGCUCUUAGCAGCAACUCCUAAAGAUUCCGUUGUGGGGUGUACGAGUGAGUUCUACAUUGUGUUCUGGAUAUUGUUGUUGGGUUUCUUCGUAUGCACGUAUAGGACAGCUGCUAACAACGCCGUCUAGAUGUAGCUAUCUGAGCAAGUGGAUUGGAUUUGGGGAUCUGUAACAAUGAUGGCGACCCUUAAUCGUCCCACCCUAAACUGUACUCCGUAACGGUACGACGAAGCU